ACCAACUAACAAAAACCGUUGAAACCCCACACUCGCCGUGGCUGUCCCCACCGGGGUGGGUGGCUGGGUGGGGCUCUGUAUCUCUUACUUAACGCCACGGCGCCGGUGGCCAUGUUUCUUCUCUUCUUAACCUUACGUUUCUCUCUCUGUGUCUUUCUCUCUCUACAAAUUCCUCUUUUUCUGUUUAAAUUCCCUAGCUCCAUAGAGCUUUGAACAACUCCGAUUUUCGCAUUAAUUUAUUUACUUUUCUGAUGGACCUUGGAGCCGGUGACAGCUACACCACAGCCAAUUCCGGCGAUAAUAUUCCUAAAACGGCGUCGUCUUCCAGCGUUUACGAAAUCCUUCUUCUCAUUCAAUCCGAUGACCUCACUUUGAAAGUUCAGGCAGCUAGAGAAAUUCGGCGCCUCACCAAGACCUCCAAACGUUACCGCCGUUAUUUCUCUAACUCCGUGAAAUCACUAGUUCAUAUGCUCCAUUCUAACUCAUUUGAGUCUAAGGAAGCCGCUUUACUUGCCCUCCUCAAUCUCGCUGUUAAGGAUGAAAGAAACAAGAUAAGUAUCAUCAAUGCUGGUGCAUUAGAACCCAUCAUAUGCUUUCUUCAAUCAGAGAAUUCAACUCUACAGGAUCAUGCAACGGCCUCAUUGGUUACAUUAUCUGCUUCUUCUGUGACAAAGCCCAUCAUUAGUGCUUCUUGUGUCAUUCAUCGACUUGUAGAUGUCCUAAGACAAGGAAGCUCACAAGCCAAGGUUGAUGCAGUGAUGGCUCUUUACAACCUGGCAACUUAUCUAGGCAACUUAAACUUGAUCCUUCAAACAGAGCCCAUACAUUUCAUUGUUGAUUUGCUUAAAUCCUGUAAAAAGUCCUCAAAAGCUGCUGAGAAAUGUACUGCUCUUAUAGAAUCUUUAGUGUGUUAUGAGGAGGGAAGGACUGCAGUGACAUCUGAAGAAGGAGGAGUACUUGCAGUAGUAGAAGUGCUUGAAAGUGGAUCUCUUCAAAGCCGAGAACAUGCUGUAGGUGCUCUACUAACAAUGUGUCAGAGUGACCGCUGUAAAUACCGGGAAACAAUAUUGAAAGAAGGCGUAAUUCCUGGACUUCUUGAGCUGACUGUUCAAGGAACAUCUAAGUCUCAAACAAAAGCGCAAACACUUCUAAGGUUGCUCAGAGACACUCCAUAUCCUAAUUCUGAACUUGAACCUGACACAUUGGAGAACAUUGUUUCCAAUAUCAUCUGUCAGAUAGAUGGAGAGGAACAAUUAGGAAAAACAAAGGAGAUGCUUGCUGAGAUGGUACAAAUUAGUAUGGAGCAAAGUUUGAGACAUUUACAGCAAAGGGCACUGAUAUGCACUCCAGCUGAUUUGUCUAUUUCAAGUUUCAAAGAGAGUUAGAAAAGCCAAUUCAGUUGUUUCCUUGCAGCCAGUGUUAUUUGAUCACAGGAUCCCAUGGCGUUGCAAUAAUGACUAGAAUUUGUUUUUCCAGUUAGCCAAGGUGCAUAUUGUGGUUGUCUUUACUUUUGUCCGCCUUGCACCUAUAUUGAAUAAUGCCUGAGUCUCAUGACUCGAUUCGUUCUCAUCCACUCAGUGCUCAGGGAUAGAAAGUGGGUUGUCAGAAAAUGUGAUGAAAUGGUGAGGUUCAAAGGAGAAAAGACUUAAGGUGGAUACCUGGGCAACCAAGAGGAGGAAGGCAUAAUAAUCACAAACUGCUUCAGGGAGUUGCAAAUCAGCGUCUUCAAAUAUAUUCAUGAUAUGUUGGUCUCAGCAUCGAUCAUUUUGUUUCUCUUUUCCGAUAUCAUCCUUUCUUCCUUCCCUGCAACUAUGUGCUGGUGUCCUCUUGAUACUUGGAAAUAUCAGAUGAUAUGAAAGAAUGCCAGUCCGGGUCCUUCUGAAUAGGCGCCAGGUGACUGGUUAUAUUGUUUAAUAAUUUUGGAAAACUUAUUAAGAUCUUAGAGAUACUCUUUUCGAGUUUAAUUUCUGUUAACAUAGAUUGUGUAUUGAAGGUUAUACAACUGUUAAAAGUUCCAAUUCUCCAUUCUCAUAGUUUGUUAGUGACAUACAGAGAAUGUUUAAAAGGAACGGAUGGAGUUUUUAAAAGGACCAUACUGUAUUUAUAAAAAAUAAGAAAAAAAGAUGAGUAUAAAUAUAUAUUUCAAAGUAAAUCAGAGGGCUGAAUCAAAGUUUGAAACACUGUGGACCCUAGAGAUCCUAAUAUACAGCAGAUGGAACAAAUUCUCCAACUAUUCAUCAUAUCUUUAAUUAUAAUUAAUAUCCUCACCUUGGGAAAAAUAAGAAAAAACUUUAGAAAAUUUCAAAUUCCCUUUAUACUUUCAUGUCCUGUUUUUAUGAUACCCACAAUGGUGGAGAAAAUUGAUGGUAAUUGAGAAGAAGAAAUCACCAUAAUAUGGAAGCAGCCAAUAUAUUUGGUUCCCAAUCUCAUACAAACAUAGGACUUCGUUCAAAUGCUGGACUUGCACAAAAGUUAUUUGCGGAGGCGAUUGGGGCUUACGUGAUAAUAUUUGCAUGGUGUGGAUCAGUAGCAAUGUAUAAGCUACAGGAUGAUGAAAGCAUAACGUUUGGCGGUAUAAACAUGACAUGGGGAGCUGUUGUUAUGGUCAUGGUUUACUCCAUGGCACAAGUUUCAGGAGCUCAUUUUAAUCCUGCUGUAACUCUCAUUUUCACCGUCUUUCGUCGCUCCCCCUGGAAAUUAGCACCAGUGUACAUAAUAGCUCAACUAAUUGGCUCAAUUCUGGCAGGCGUUACUUUAGCACUAUUGUUGGAUGUAAACCCCAUAGUCUA